AUGAGAUCCAAUCAAGGGAUCUUGUUGAACCAGAGGAAGUAUGCACUUCAACUGGUGUCUAAUCUAGGUCUGGGAGCAACAAAGCCAGCAGCUACACCACUUUAUAUGAAUCAAAAAUUCAGCUCAGUUGAGUUUGAUAGACAUGUUGGAGUAGCUGGAGAUGAGAUGUUGGCAGACAUUUCAGCCUAUCAAAGGUUGAUUGGAAGAGUAAGGGUAGUGAAAUACAUCAAACAGAAUCCAGGAAUAGGGAUUCUGAUGAGUAGCAGGCAUGCAGGUAGUCUGGUUUGUUACUGUGAUGCAGAUUGGGCAUCAUGCCCUAACACUAGAAGAUCAGUGACUGGGUUUAUGGUGAAGUUUGGAGACUCAUUGGUGUCUUGGAAGUCAAAGAAACAACAAACAGUUUCUAGAAGCUCAGCAGAAGCGGAUAAGAUCAAGGAAGGAAGGAUCAAGACAUACCACAUUGGAACUAAGGAUCAGCAGGCAGACCUAUUGACUAAAGGACUGGAAAGAAUACAGCAUGAAUAUCUACUGAGCAAGCUAGGAGUGCUCAAUAUCACCCUCCAGCUUGAGGGUCAGUGUGAGAAUGAAGGAGUUGACUGUGUAGUGCUAAGUAAUGAGCCAAGUGUCAAGUUAGUUAGGACAGCUGGCAGAGUUAGUUGA